AUGAUAUCAGUACUUCGAUAUAAAAUUUACCUCAAAAUGACCUCAUACUGGUCAUGGUGGUGGGAAGUUAACAACGAGCAAGACGAGCUUGCUCGCACAAUUCUCACCAUUUCUGUUUUGGCACUAUUAUUUCUAUGGUACAAAUGGAUGUUAUCCUAUACAACAAAGGGGAAAACAUCCUUACCGCCAGGUCCUUCCGGCUUACCGAUUGUAGGCUACCUCCCAUUUCUUGGCUCCAACUUACAUGAAAGAUUCACCGAGAUGGCUCACAAAUACGGUCCCAUCUUUAGUCUGCGGCUCGGAAGUAAGCUUCAUGUUGUGGUGAACUCCAUGGACCUAGUAAAGGUUGUGGCUCGUGACCUGGACCAGACCUUUGUUAACCGCAACACUCCAAUAGUAGCGUCAGUGAUCACUUAUGGUGAGGCUGAUAUUACGUUUGCCAACAGUAAAACAGCACAAUGGCGUAACAUGCGUAAGAUUUUAGUCAGCCAGGUGAUGAGCAACGCAAGUCUAAAAGCAUCUCAGAUUUUUAGAACACGUGAAGUGAAAAAGAUGGUGCAUGAAGUUUAUACCAAAAUCGGGAAAAAGGUCAAUAUUAAUGAAAUUGCUUUCAACACGCAAUUUAGUGUUGUGACAAGUAUAUUAUGGGGUUGUAGCAAAUCGGAUGAAGGGAUGGGAUCUAGCCAUAUUGGAGAUGGGUUUCAUGAAGUUGAAAUGAAAAUUGUUGAGUUACUAGGAGCACCAAACAUAUCCGAUUUAUUUCCAUGGUUAUCAUGGUUUGAUCUACAAAAAAGGCGGCGAGAUAUGCAGAGGCAACUCGAAUAUAUUGAUCAGAUGUUUGACAACAUUAUCGAAGAAAGAAUCAAAGCUAACUCCAGCAAAAUCGAUGGGGCGGUUGAAGAAGACGGAAGGAAGGAUUUUCUGCAGAUCCUAUUAGAGCUUAAAGAUCAGAAAGACACUCCAGUAUCAUUUGACAUGAUCCAAAUUAAGUCUCAGUUGAUGGACGUCAUAGUUGCCGCAAAUGACACAACAUCGACAAUGGUGGAAUGGGUGAUGGCAGAGAUUUUGAAUAAUCCGGUUGUGAUGAGAAAAGUUCAAGAUGAAUUAACCGAGGUUAUUGGUAUAAACAAUAUUGUUGAAGAAUCCUAUUUGCACAAAUUGACAUAUUUGGAUGCAGUGAUCAAAGAGACAUUCAGAUUACACCCUCCACUUCCCCUCCUAAUCCAGAAAUCCCCAGAUGAAUCUUGCAAGGUGGGUGGCUACACAAUCCCAAAAGAUACAACCUUGCAUAUCAAUGUUUGGGCAAUCCACCACGAUCCUAACAACUGGAUUAACCCAUUGGAGUUCAAACCGGAGAGGUUUUUGAACGGCAAAUGGGAUUACAAUGGAAAUGAUAUGAAGUUUUUGUCGUUUGGAACAGGAAGAAGAAUAUGUCCGGGAAUCCCCUUGGGUGACAAGAUGUUAACAUAUAUGUUAGCAUCUCUUUUGCAUUCUUUCGAGUGGAACUUGCCUAAAGAUGAAGAGUUUGAGGUUAAUGAUGAGUUUGGAUUUGUAACAAAGAAAAAGAAAUCAUUAGUGGCCAUACCCUCUCAAAGGUUAUCUGACAAAACACUUUACAUGGGAUGAAAAUUUGCUCUUAAUUCAAAGGUGACACUUGUUUAUGCGGCUUUCCAUUGUGGAAACUGUUGACUAUCUUAAAUUUUUGUUUCGAGCCAGUUGUCGUCGUCCUCUUGUUUUGUAUAAUGCUAAACAAGCAUAUUUGUGUGUCAUUAAUAAAGUAAUCAACUCCGGUCUCUUUUGUGUUACUGCAUUGUUAAAUUCAACGAACAUCAUAUCAUUUGUAAUUUUCUUUUU